UUCUCGACGCCCACCAUGCCCUGCUAAGUCCUAGACGCUUUUCUUUGACCGUGACAUGCCUCCUGGUCCAGCGUACACGUGGCUAUGCAUCGCCAGCUCGGUCUGCAACAUCCUUUCGCAUGCCGCACACAUUCGCGCAUCUCAGCUCUCGCGGGCGCGGCAAGCAAUAUGCGAAACGGAAAUACUUACACGAAGACGAGAGAGAGACGAGUCGUAUCCGUACGAAGGCGCUGGGGCGACAUCCUCUCAAGGUCCUCAACUUCAGCCACCCGUGCAGAGCUCUCUUCGUAGCAAGUUGAAGGAAUCCCGCAACAGUCCUCCAGAGACACUAGGGAGCAUACCCCGUGGCGGGGAUGUAGCAGGUUAUACGGCUGAAGCAGCCGUAAGUCCAAGUCCAAGUCCUCUUGAGUCUAAGCCGCCCCCAUCUGUCGCAGUGCGGAUGGAGGCAAUAGAGAGGUCUUCGCGUUCAAUGCAGAGUGUGCCCGUGACCGCACCGUGCGAACCGACAGCAUCUGCAGACCUACCGAAGAUUCACCAGAGCGUGCAAGCUACAUCAGUGGAAAGCUAUGCUUCGCCAACACCAUCGCCAGCAGAGAAGAGAGAAGCACCAUCCAUUGAGGAUGCGUCUGUGAGCACAGGUGUUCCCGGCCCUGGAGAACAAGUGUCUCUUGAACAACUACGCAACCGGAACCUGCAGUCCUCCAAAGUGCCGUCAUCACGGAUAGGGCGUUUGUUCCACUACGGAGGUCUCGCGGCGUCACUAGGUUAUGGCGCAGCAUCCGAGAUACUGCGUCGUACGACAAGCGGCACGGAUGAGCACGCGCCUUCCUCGCUCAUGCUCACCGAGGGAAACAUCAAACGACUCGUGUCAAAACUCACCCAGAUGCGUGGCGCAGCGCUCAAAUUAGGGCAAUUCAUGAGCAUCCAAGACAGUCAUGUACUCCCACCGGAGAUCGAGGAUAUCUUCCGCCGGGUGCAGGAUAGCGCGCACUACAUGCCUGACUGGCAAAUGGAGCAAGUGAUGCGGGACGCCCUCGGGCCGUCCUGGAUGGACACCUUCGAGUCGUUCGACCGCCUUCCCUUUGCAGCGGCCUCCAUUGGGCAGGUGCAUUCUGCUGUCUUGAAAGCCUCUGCCUCCCCGACUUCCGCGCCCGCGCGCGUCGCCGUCAAGGUGCAGUUCCCGAACAUCGUGAACUCGAUCGCAAGCGACCUCGGGUACGUGAAGAUGCUGCUCACCGCGGGCAAGCUCCUUCCGCGGGGGCUCUUCCUCGACCGCACGAUCCAGGUCAUGAAGGAGGAGCUCGCGGACGAGUGCGACUACGCGCGCGAGGCGGGCUUCGUGCGCCGCUUUGGGCAGGCGGACCACCUUGGGGCCGACCCGCGCUUCACGGUGCCUUGGGUCUGGGAGGGCAGCACGGAGCGCGUGCUGGUCAUGGAGCACGUCGACGGCGUGAGCGUGGGCGGGGCUGUGAUCGAUCGCCUCUCGCAGCGCGAUAGGAACGACAUCGCGGCGCGCAUCAUAGAGCUCUGCUUGCGCGAGCUGUUCGUGUUCAGGGUGAUGCAAACUGACCCGAACUGGACGAACUUCCUCUGGAACCCGCAUACGCGCAAGGUUGAGCUAGUUGACUUUGGGGCCACCCGUGAAUACUCGAAGGAGUUCAUCGACAACUGGCUGCACCUCCUUUCCGCUGCCGUCGCCGAAGAUCGUGACGCGUGCGUCGAAUGGAGCCUGAAGCUGGGGUACCUCACCGGCCAGGAGAAUGAGGUCAUGCUCGACGCGCACGUCAAGUCGAUGGUGCUGCUCGGCACGCCGUUCAAGGCGACCACUCCGCAGCCGUUCACAUUCGGUCCUGGGUCCGCCUGGGCAGACAUCACGGCGGAGAUCAGGGCGCAGAUCCCAGUCAUGCUCCAGCACCGGCUCACACCUCCGCCACGGGAGACCUACAGCUUAAACAGGAAACUGAGUGGCGCGUUCUUGCUCGCGUCGAGGUUGGGCGCCGAGGUCGAUUGCAGGAAGCUGUGGACGGGUGUUGUAGAGGGAUAUCGGUAUGGUUGAUGUUAUAUUUUAGUACACUAUCCUCGCUCUGCUGUAGACGUGACGUAAUAGCACGGACACUGCCCCACCUCAUC